AUGGCCUACUGGCAUGACCGCCCUGCGACCGGCGCCCGCUCCCCUCGUCCUCCACGAUUCAGACAGAUAGCCCUGCUGUACCUGGUGCUGACGGCCUUCGCGAGUGUCACCUCCGCCCUCCAGAGCGUGCCCGGGUCGCCUUGCGAAUCGGUCUGCUCGGACGCAGGCACCCUCGAGAACGAUGUCGUCUGCCUCGAUGCGAAUUACCAAUCUCUGUCGUCCGGUCGAGGAUUCCAGAAAUGCGUGGCAUGUCAACUGAACAGCACGGCGGUGGACACAGUCAACAAUAACACGGAUGUAGAAUAUGGCCUGCUGGCCCUACGGUAUACAUUGGCGGGAUGCAUGUUUGCCAUCCCGGAGGACCAUAUCUCGAUCAGCAGUCCCUGUCAAGUCAGCUGUGCGCCGCUCAACAACUCGGUCGGCUACCAAGUAACGAACGACAGCUCCCGGACCGAACCGGGCGGUGAAUUCUGCACGGCCGCCCAAUUCGACGACACGACCAUCAAUAAGUGCGCUCAGUGUUAUAGUUUCAUCCCGCAGCAGUUGUUCCUGGCAAAUUUCCUCCAAGCCCUACACAUCGCCUGCCGCGACCCUCCUGAGCCGGGCAGACCCUUCUUCCCCGACGCCCAGGCCAUCUUCAACGAAACGCUCAUCGCCGGCCCGGCACCGCCGUCGAGCGGCACAAAUGACAACGGCGGCCUCCGGGGCUACAAGCUCGCCUUGGCGAUCGCGCUCCCCAUCGUCGGCGGCAUCCUCCUCAUCGGCGGCCUCUGCUGGGGUUGUUUCGCUUUCACACGCAAGCGACGGUACAAGAUGGCGCAGAGCGGGCGGAUGAGCCGCGUGCACGACGCCCACGCCGACGGCAACAGCCUGUACCAGUCGCCCAUGUCGGCCAAGGCCGAGGCCUGGAAGAAGGAGAGCAUUCCCUGGGGCGUGGUGGAGCCGGCACGCGAAAUGCACGCCAUCUCACCGACGCUGCUGCACGCAGGGAAGCAUAGUCCGGGAGCCGCCCAGGGGAGAUGGUCGCACCAGACGGGCGGGACGGGGGCCAACUCGGAGCAGAACACGCCCUUGAGGAGUAGUUUCCAGAGAGACGACGUUGGCCCUGGUCCCGCCCAGGUCAAGGACCCCAAUCUUCAUGAACAGUAUUUCGGCGUAAGCGGGGACUCUGAAGAUGAGAGAGCGGAGCACGGACAUGGCGUGCCGUUUCCCGGCACCAGCGGUGUCGGGGUUGCGAUUGGGGGUGAGGAAGGGUAUUAUCCUCACACAGAGGGUCAGUAUGCGUACGCACAAGAAUAUCGUCCUGAGUAUGGACAAGGGCAUGGCCACGGACAGCACCGGCUGCAUGACGACGAGAGGGGCCAAUUUAUCUGA